AUGGUAUCAGAGCUCUACUGGAACUAUGUCGCAGCAGUGAUGACGAAUAUAGCAUCCGGCGAAGGUACCUCAGCCGAAAAUGCGAAUGCUUCCCUCAAUCAUCAGAAUGCGAUGAAUCCAAACCCUAAUGCACGAAGCGAAGAAUUUGAUGACCCGCUCUACCUUCACAUAACCGAGAAUCCGAAUUUGAUUCUUCUGUCUCCUCCUCUGUCAAAGCUCAAUUGCUCAUCGUGGAGCAGGUCCAUGAACAUAGCUCUCGAAGUAAAGAACAAAUUUGGCCUUAUCGAUGGUUCAAUUCCAUGUCCAAGCCCUUUGGAUGCCAAAUUUGCCGUUUGGAGAAGAUGCAACAACAUAGUGUGCUCAUGGAUUCUCAAAUCCCUAAAUUCCACCAUUGCAGAGAGUGAUCUCUAUUAUGAAAAGGCACAAGACAUCUGGAACAAGCUCAAAGAGAGGUACUCACAGAUGGAUCCCCACAAGAUAGCUGAGCUUCAGAAUGAAAUAUUCAGAAAUACACAAGGUAACAAAACUAUUAACGAAUACUUUACCAAGUGUAAUGCGUUAUGGGAGCAGUUGAAUGCAAUGAGACCUCUGCCAAUUUAUGAGUGUAACCCUAGAUGUUCUUGUACUCUGCUAAGUAAGAUUCAGAAAGAGAAAGAAGAUGAUCGAGUGAUUAGAUUUCUAGAGGGGUUAAAUGAUGAAUUCGAAACCUUAAAAUCAGGAAUCCUUGUUAUGGAUCCAAUUCCAACUAUGGAGAAAGUUCUAAACAUGGCUUUGAAAAUAGAAAGAAAGACCAAUGGAUCUCUCAACCAGAAAAACAUUCAGGUAGUUCAAUCUAAUGCUCUACAGAACAAUCAAGGACAAUUUGCAGAAGAAGUAGGCACUGUGGCAUUCUCAACCUCUAAUAAUAACAAGAAGAAGUUCAACAACUUUGGGGGCAAAAUGUGCCUAGAUGCACCUACUGUAACAUGA